GUGCUUGAUAUAGCACCAUCCGAUUACAACCACAAGGCAUUUGGCAAUGGCAGGAAUUAUCCAAGCGAUCCAACAGCAGCAGCAGCGGCAAGUAGAAGGUGAUAGCCUCCGCUUGCUGCUGGCGGCGCUCGCGGUGGCUUUGGCGGUGUCGACCUACCUGACGUGGUUCUGGGCGCUCACGCGGCGGCUGAACGGCCCCAAGGUGUGGCCAUUUUUGGGCAGCCUUCCGGGUCUCGUCGCCUUCCGGAUUCGUGAGAGGCAACGACAAAUCCUUUAUGAGUGUAUCAGGUACACCAUGAACUGGUCCAGCGAGGAAACACGAUACCUCUGUUGUAUUAUUUGGUCGCCGCGUCGGCCCCCACAGCCAAGAUUAGCCCUUACCAAGUGCCCUGGUUCUAUAAUGGCGCUAAGCGCUCGGUCCCUAUGAAAACUGAUGAGGUGGCGUAAUGUGACGGCGUUGGCGAGGAACGCGGGUGGCUACUACCUGUGUCUCCUGCCGUAGCUGAGGCACAGGAUUCGUCCCCUAAAUGGCGUUAGCGUGCUAUAUAUGCGCACAUUAUGUUUUAUCGCUCUUUCUCGCGCCUCCCAGUGUGGCUUCUUCAUCUCCGACGACCGCCCAUUUAGCGUUUCCCCGUGUCCACUCCCUGUUCAACGCGGAGCAGGAGUCCUCCGCCUCCUCCUCGUUCGAUCCGUAAAACCAUAGCUAUCUUUUUUAGGGUUCUUGUUUGUUCCUUCCCGAUACUCCGCCGCCGGGAGCCGAUCCCUCCGUAGCUCCCAAUACCUUGCAGUCUUCAGGACCUUCUAAGAAUUUGAUGAUCACAUAAUCACAUCGGAGAUCUCUUCUACCACAUCUCUGAUUGGUUUCUACUCCAUCGAUCAUAGUGGUCUUAUGAAAAGUAAAAAGAGAAGAGAAAGGCCUAGCUUCUUCUUGUGCAGAUCUAUUGUGUAGAGCUUUACAACGAUCGAGGUAUCUGAUUUGAUAAUGGCAUAAAAAGAACCUCCUGGGGAUCUGAUGAUCAUAUAAUCACAUUUGAGAUCUCUUCUCUCACCUCCCUGAUUGGUCUGUCCUCAAUUAUAGUGGUCUCAUGGAAAGCAAGCAAAGAGGAGAAGAGCCUAGCUUUUUUCGAUAUAGAUCUAUGGUAUGGAUAAUGAUAUAGAAAGGUGGUAGUUGGUGUUUCAUUCUGCUAGAAAGAGAAACAGAGGUAGUGUUGUCUUAGAAAGAGAAAUAGAGGUGAAGAAGCUGGUGGUGGAGUUGGAGGGGUCAAUUAAGAACUCUCCAUUGGGUCCAGUUGCACAUGGCUCCAAGAAGGCAGAAGAAGGUGGGGAUGAUGCGGAUAGAUGCUGCGAUUGAUGCACUGCUCCCUUAUGGUUUCUCCAAGGAAACAAUCUGCUCGACUGUCAAAAAACUUCUGAAGGUUUAUGAUGAUGCUGCUGCUUGGCACAUUAUCGAAGAAGAUACUUACAGGCUGGUCAUUGAGACCAUCCUGGAAGAGCAAGAAGAAAAGGCGAGAGAGGAGCAAAGAGCUAAUGAAGAAGCCAAGGCCUCAGAAGGUCCUAGCCUAGUUGCCGAGGCUAACUUACUUAAUUCUUCAUUAGACCUCGACUGCAGCAGGAAGCAGAGCGUGAGUGGCGAGGGCCAGUCAGCUUUGGCAGUCCGAGAGUGUGACCCACGGCAGUUGGAGUCAGGCUCAGGUUCUCAUCAAACUCCAAGACCUAGGAGGACUCCCUGUUACGGCUGGAUAAGCGAAGACGAAGACGAAGACGUACCACAGGAGAGGGCCGUCGAAGGUGAACGCCCGCAACGUGCAAGGAAGCGGCCCAGUGGAUGGGAUGUGAAGCCCUCUCACAUGUGAAUGUUGCCAGGAAAAUUAGAUAUGUGAUUCGACUGUACGCACCAUUUCUCUGUAUACAGGAUUUCUUGGUGUCCUUUGGAUGUAAUGUGUCUUCUGCCAAACGUUCUAAGGAG